AUGGGCAUCAAUACUUGGUUGUCCAGCAGGACUUCUCUGGGAGUCGUGGCGAAAUCCUUCAAAAGUAAAAAUGGCCACCUGGACCUGUUUGUCCGCUUUCUCCACGGCCUCUUUCUGGAGUCCAACCAGAGCCUCUUAGGAGGCCUGCUGGGUCGCACAGACAGCAGUCCAGAAAUCAUCCAGAGAGCCAUCAGCAACCUGAAGAAGUGGAGAAGUUCUAAAAUCUCUCCUGACAGGAGCAUCAACAUCUUCCACUGUCUGACAGAGAUGAAGGACCACUCAGUACAUCAGGAGAUCACAGAGUUCCUGAAGUCAGGGAACAGAUCAGAGAAGGAGCUCUCUGAGAUCCACUGCUCAGCUCUGGCCUACAUGCUGCAGAUGUCAGAGGAGGUUCUGGAUGAGUUGGACCUGAAGAAUGACAAAGCAUCAGUGGAGGGAUGA